UUUCUGAAUUUUGAUCCCAAAACAAAUUCCAAAAAUCCAGUUCCAUUUCGUUUCUACUUCCAAUCCACAACCCGCAAUCCCCAACCCGACAAACCCCUAAUCUUCAUGAGGAUUUGACUCUAAUCGUGAACAAUCUAGGGCUGGAAUAGGGCGGUUUUCGCAGUAGCAAUCAUGAAUAUCUUCAGACUGGCUGGGGACAUGACACAUUUGAUUAGUGUCUUAGUUCUCCUCCUGAAAAUCUACGCUACCAAAUCAUGCUCAGGAAUAUCAUUGAAGACGCAAGAGUUAUAUGCUAUUGUGUUCGUGACUCGGUAUCUGGAUUUGUUCACUGACUUCAUCUCUCUUUACAACACUGUGAUGAAACUGGUUUUUAUUGGUAGCUCUUUGGCAAUUGUCUGGUGUAUGAGGUACCAUCGGGUUGUCAGGCGCUCAUAUGACCGUGAGCUAGACACUUUUCGUUAUUGGAUUCUUCUUGGGGUGUCUUUCAUUCUGGCACUUGUUCUUCAUGAGAAAUUUACCCUUCAAGAGGUAUUCUGGGCUUUCUCAAUAUACCUGGAGGCAGUUGCCAUUCUUCCCCAGUUGGUGCUCUUACAAAGAAGUGGAAAUGUUGAUAAUCUGGCCGGACAAUAUGUGUUCUUCCUUGGGGCCUACCGUGCAUUUUACAUCUUAAACUGGAUUUACCGCUAUCUGACGGAGCAGCGUUUCACUAGAUGGAUUUCUUGCGUCUCUGGUCUUGUCCAGACAGCCCUUUAUGCAGAUUUCUUUUAUUAUUACUUCAUCAGCUGGAAAAAUAACGCUAAGCUUCAACUGCCAGCAUGAGGCAAAGAAGAUAUAUGAUGAACAGCUUUAACACCUAACCGGAAUCUGGUUUCAUGCUGUGGCUUGUGACAUA